GGUACCUGUCCGGGGUUUCUGUAAAGCGCUGGGUGGUUUAGUUCUUCUGAGUGGAGCUUACAGUGUUUAUUUAAGAUGCAGUUCAUGCUCCUGUUCAGUCGGCAAGGCAAGCUCCGGCUUCAGAAAUGGUACGUGCCAUUGUCGGAUAAAGAGAAGAAGAAGAUCACCCGAGAGCUGGUGCAAACCGUGCUGGCCCGAAAACCCAAAAUGUGCAGCUUCUUAGAGUGGAGAGAUCUUAAGAUUGUAUAUAAAAGAUAUGCCAGUCUGUACUUCUGCUGUGCCAUCGAGGGCCAAGACAACGAGCUGAUCACUCUGGAGAUCAUUCACAGAUACGUGGAGCUGCUGGACAAAUACUUUGGCAGUGUUUGUGAGCUGGACAUUAUAUUCAACUUUGAGAAGGCAUACUUCAUUCUAGACGAGUUUCUUCUUGGUGGAGAGGCCCAGGAGACGUCAAAGAAAAACGUGUUAAAGGCCAUAGAACAGGCCGACCUACUACAGGAGGAAGCAGAGACCCCACGCAGUGUCCUGGAGGAGAUUGGACUCACAUAAACUUCAUUUUUACAUCUACCACAUUGGCCACAGUCUGCUGUAUGUAGCUCUAAGCCACUGAACUUCAAACUCACACUAAACAAGACUGGCAUUGUUUCCUCUGCACUUGUGUUUUCUACAUAUCUUACAGUGUAGCAUCAUUAAGCAUUUCAUAUUAGUUAGCAGUUAAUGAGUAAGUUGUUAUUGUUGCCAUGUGAGAUCUGAAAAAAUGUGGGCUUAUUUCAGGAUUUCUUCUUGGGCCAGUGUUACAUUCAAAUGUACCAAAGAUUUGUGUUAUUUUAUUUCAUUUUUAAUUUUGUCAUUGUAUUUAUGUGAAUGAUGGUGUUAGGAAUAAAACAACUGUGAAAUGGCCAAGACUUUAUUCUGCAUACUGUAUCUUAUAUUCACAUAUUUAUCAGUUUACAAGUAGAAAUCUGAACCCUAUAGAACUGUAUUUUGUUCAACACAGGAAUUUAUAGACACAGAUAAAAUGGGAAGGCAAAAAUGUAUGAGAAUGUGAAAGAAUUUAAGAAAAAGGUGUCGCAAUGCUGUUGGUAAGAAAAAAAUGGAAACAAACGUGCCAAUAUAAGGUUAUUUGUACACUUGCAGCAUACAAUACAUUUCACACUGAUUCAACUGGCUUAUUUCUAUUGCAUUUAUCACAGCAGAUUUGUUUUUAUAAUGUUUUGUUUACUGACUAUUAUUGAACACUUCACCCCAUGAAUCACGUCACAGGAAUUUUAUGUAAACUUUUCUGUUACGAGUUUGAACAAAGACAGGAAGAAAUUUAUUUGUGGACUUCAGCAAUAAAAAUAAAGUAGUCUUUGAUGCCACAGCAGCUGGUUUCCCCUCAUUCUACAUUGCA